CACGUCUGCUCCAUUUCCCACAAGGCUGUUCACUUGCAUCUCCAUCAUGUAAUUCACCAUCUGGAGCGGCGGAGAUGGACACGAGCGAAACGGAGGGAUGAGAUUGAUCUACAAUUGAGAAAAGAACAAGAAAACAGUGUUUAAUGAGUUUCAGGUAUGACAGUAGUUUGGUGUGAUCCACAGGAGUGAAACGCUGCAGAUGAGAUGACGUUUCUUCAUCAUUAUCCUUAAUCAACAAAAGUGUUUUCAGAAUAAAGCUGCGGAUUCAUAAACACCAAAGAAUGACAGAACACGAUCGGCUCUAUGGCUCCGGAUGAAUGAAGAUCUGCUGUAGAUGCAGCGACUUCUGGGAAUGUUUUCACAUACGUGUACACAUGUUUGACAUUAACCCACAUAGUUCUUGAGGAGGAUUAAACAAAGCAUUUGUCUCUCUGCAUCGAUCAUAGGACGAACCCUCACAGAAGAAGCUCAGCUGUUUUUCUGCAAUCAAAAAUCCAUAAACCAGAACAGACUAUGAAUUAGAGCUGUGCUGCAGAGAACAUCCACACAAAUCAAGAUCAUCUCAAGACGUUUGCACUGAGUCGAGCCCCUCAACAGAGACGCUGUUAUUGGAGCAGGAAACACACGGACCACAGACGCUCCUCUUCACUCCUCCUCUGACGGACGGAGCACAUGCUCUCUCGCUCGCACGGAAACAGGACCGCCACCUGCCCUCUCCUCGCCGCUCCGCGUCUGUGCUGGAUUAUCGUGUUGGAAUAUCUCAGCAGAGGAGGAAAUCAUAACCAUCCUCCUUAUCUUCACACUCAUCCAUCAGGGACUCAUCCAGCGCUUCGCUCCGGACUCCAGACUGCAGCUUCAUGGGAAAGACGCUGGAGCAGCACCAGAUGUUCCCGCACUACACCUGCUACUAUCCGCCCUACGCUCACAGCAAGCUGUAUGCUCCACCCACCCACCCGAUGGCCCCGCCCAGUCCAGGAAGCAGCAGCUGUAGUCAAAGUGCAGUGGAGCAGCUCAGCAAAACCAACCUGUACAUACGAGGACUUCCACCUGGAACCACAGACCAGGACCUCAUCAAACUCUGCCAACCAUAUGGGAAAAUUGUGUCUACUAAGGCUAUCCUGGACAAGAACACAAACCAAUGCAAAGGUUAUGGCUUUGUGGACUUUGAUUGUCCGGCAGCAGCACAGAAGGCCGUUUCAUCUCUGAAGGCCACUGGUGUACAGGCGCAGAUGGCAAAGCAGCAGGAGCAGGACCCCACUAACCUGUACCUGUCUAAUCUGCCCGUCUCUAUGGAUGAACAGGAGCUGGAGGCGCUGCUCAGACCCUUCGGUCACGUGAUCUCCACACGGAUAUUACGGGACGCCAUCGGCGUGAGCAGAGGUGUCGGCUUCGCCAGGAUGGAGUCCACAGAGAAAUGUGAAGUUGUCAUACAACAUUUUAAUGGAAAAUAUCUGAAAACUGCAGCAGGAACACCAGGUCCGUCUGAACCACUGCUGUGCAAGUUUGCGGAUGGUGGACAGAAGAAGAGACAAACUCAGAGUAAAUAUCCACAGAAUGGCAGAGCGUGGAGGGAAGGAGAGACGGGAAUGACACUCACAUACGACCCUGCUGUCAUGCAGAAUGGGUUCUACUCUUCUCCGUACAGCAUCACUACUAACCGGAUGAUCGCGCAAGCAUCUGUCACUCCGUUCAUCACCGCUUCACCCGUCUCUACAUAUCAGGUUCAGAGCACGGCAUGGAUGCCACCGCAGCAGCAGUAUGUGAUGCAGCCAACAGGAGCGGUCAUCAGUCCAGCUCUAGAUCACAGCGCUGUAUCGGUGCCUCCAGCUGCCAUCAUGACUCCACUAACACAACAGAUGAAUCAGUUGACACUGGGAUCUUCUGCUAAUUAUAUUCAGGCUCCUGUGCCCCCUAUGCAAGGAACAUUCAUCCAUCAGUUAACACCAGUCCCUCCAUCAGCACUUCCUGUAGAGGGUGUAGUAACAGAAGCUCCUCCACAGACCGUGGCUCCUUCACAGGACGUCCAUGUAGCACAGCAGCAGAUCAGUGUGGAAACCAGCGACCACAUUCAACCCUGCUCCUACCAGUCCAAGUGCGCACUACGUCCUGUCAUCCUGAAGAGCUGAAUGUACGUCAGCGUUGCCUUCUGAUGGAGAUCAGACGCUCUGCACUGAAAAAAACGGACACGUAAUGAACAGACACUUCCAGGUGACCUCAGCACCAAAAACACUGACUUUCCUCAUUUCCUGCCUGAGCUAAAGAGACUGAAGGAUUGCAGGGCUGCUUCAUGAGGUGA